AUGGGUUCUACCGCUCUCCCAUACAUGGAGACUAAGCCCAAGAUCAUUUUCUUCACCGACUUUGAUGGAACAAUCACCGUCGAUGACAGCAAUGACUUCAUGAUCGAUAACCUUGGCUUUGGUCUGGCAAAGCGCCUCGUGUUGAACGAGCAGGUCCUCAAUGAGACCUUGAGUUUCCGAGAUGCCUUCCGCGAGAUGCUUGAAAGCAUCAAGACCCCGUACGACGAGUGCAUCCAGACGCUGUUGAAAAACAUGAAGCUGGACCCGUACUUCGAGGAGUUCUACUACUGGGCGAAGGAGAACAAUGUACCCAUUGUCAUCCUGUCCUCUGGCAUGCGACCCAUUAUCAGCGCCCUGUUGGAAAAGUUCCUCGGUCACAAGCCAGGCAACCACCUCACCAUCAUUUCCAACGAGCCUGUGAGCCGCGAUGGCAAGGACAUCAACAGCGAGGGUGGCUGGCAAAUCGAGUACCACGAUGACAGCCACUUCGGCCAUGAUAAGUCCCUGGAGAUCAAGCCCUAUGCCGCUUUGCCCGACAGCGAGCGCCCGAUUCUUCUGUAUGCUGGAGACGGUAUUUCCGAUCUGUCUGCGGCUGCGGAAACCGACCUUCUCUUCGCCAAGAAAGGAAAAGAUUUGGUGACCUACUGUCAGCGCAGGGGCAUGCCCUAUACAACGUUUGAGAAUUGGUCAACGAUUCUCGCGUCUUCCAAGGAUAUUUUGAGUGGCAAGGUGUCAGCCGCUGAUGUGGCUGCCAAGGCCUCGCUCGGCGUGUAG